CCGGCCGCAAGCGGCGAGCGGGAGGGCGAACGGUCGGUCGGGGCGACGAUGUCGGACAGGUGUUAGGAGGAGCCUCCCGGGGCGGCGGGGGCAGGUAGCAAAUGAGAGAAAUUGCAUUUGUGGAACAAAAUGGCUAAAGAAGAAAAGAAUUAUGUUAACAAGGAACGUGAAGAUGAAAUGGAGAUUUAUGGUUAUAAACAAUGUCUUUGGAAGUUGGUUCUGGUUGCCAUUGGUGUUGUCUGCACUGGUGGUUUCCUUCUCCUCCUCCUUUACUGGAUGCCUGAAUGGAGUGUGAAAGCAACUUGCACCCAAACGUCCCUUAAAGAGGCUGAAAUAGUGCUGUUGAGAACCACUGAUGAAUUUAAGACCUGGUUUCGGGUAAAAGUUUACACAGUAUUUUUUCCUGGAACUGACCCCAUGGAGAAUUCGGCACCCAGAGUUAGUAAAACAAUGGAAAAUGAUGAAGGAGCUCGUGCAGCUCAGCAUCAUGUUGAGCAUAGGAAAAAGAAGUUUCUCAGGAAAAUUUCAGAAAAUAAAGCAUUCAUGGUUCGUUAUUUUGAACACCAUAGUGUAACAUACUUUUGGAACAACUUCUUACAAAACUUUAAAGAUCUAGAGGGACUGACUGAAGGCAUUUCAUGGUCAGUUAUACACAGUCAUCACAGUAAAGGAUUGAGUAAAGAUCUGGAGGAGUAUCGCAGGCUCUUUUUUGGAGCAAAUGAAGUUGAAGUCAAAGUUCCUUCUGUAUUUAAACUAUUAAUUGAUGAGGUGCUUAAUCCUUUCUACAUAUUUCAACUAUUUAGUGUUACUGUUUGGACUUUUAAUGGCUAUUAUUAUUACGGUGUGGCAAUUAUCAUAAUGUCAGUUAUAUCGAUUGUGACCACCCUACAUACAGUUAGAAAGCAAUACAUUAUGUUACAUGACAUGGUAGCAGCCCAUAGCACUGUCAGAGUUUCAGUUUGCAGACCAGACAAUGAAAUUGAAGAAACUUUGUCUACAGAUUUAGUGCCUGGUGACAUAUUAGUCAUUCCAUCUAAUGGAACUGUAAUGCCUUGUGAUUCAGUAUUGUUGAGCGGCACUUGCAUCGUUAAUGAAAGUAUGUUAACAGGUGAAAGUGUUCAUCAAACAAAAAUCAAUUUGCCAAAUCCAGUUAAGAUGUCAAAAGGUUUAGAAGAUGAUGAAAUCUACAGUCCAGAAAAGCACAAACGACACACACUCUUCUGUGGUACUACAGUUAUCCAGACACGAUUUUAUUCCGGAGAACUUGUUAAAGCUCUUGUAGUUAGAACAGGUUUUGGUACUACAAAAGGGAAACUCGUACGUUCAAUCUUAUAUCCAAAACCAACCGAUUUUAAACUGUACAGAGAUGCUUACUUCUUUCUACUCUGCCUUGUUGGUGUAGCAGGAAUUGGAUUUUUAUACACAAUUAUCAACAGUGUUUUGAAUGAGGUCAGAGUUGGCACAAUCAUUAUUAAAUCCCUUGAUAUCAUCACCAUUACAGUUCCACCUGCUCUUCCAGCAGCGCUAACUGCUGGGAUUGUCUUUGCACAAAGAAGACUGAAGAAAUUAGGCAUUUCCUGCAUCAGUCCGCAGAGAAUAAAUAUCUGUGGGCAACUUAAUCUGGUUUGUUUUGAUAAGACUGGAACGCUUACUGAAGAAGGCCUGAACAUUUGGGGCAUUCAAAGAGUGGAAGAUAAUAGUUUCUUGCCAUCAGAACAUAACAUUUGUAGGGAAGCCUUGGUGAAGUCCCAUUUUGUGGCUUGCAUGGCAGCCUGCCACACACUUACCAAAAUCGAUGGGAAGUUAUCUGGUGACCCAUUGGAUUUAAAGAUAUUUGAAGAAACUGGUUGGGUUCUUGAGGAAGCAACUGAAGAAGAGACUGCUUUACACAAUCAAAUCAUGCCCACAGUAGUUCGACCCUCAAAACAACUUUACCCUGAACCUGUGGCAGUGAUGGAUCAUGAAAUGGAAAUGUAUGAUCUCCCAGCAUCAUAUGAAAUAGGUAUAGUACGGCAGUUUCCAUUUUCUUCUUCUCUGCAACGGAUGAGUGUUGUAGCCAGAGUGCUGGGGGAAAAGCAUAUGGAUGCCUACUUAAAAGGUGCACCUGAAGUAGUUGCUAACCUAUGCAAAGCAGAGACAGUUCCUGAGAGUUUUCCUGAGGUGUUGAAGAUUUACACAAAACAAGGCUUCAGAGUCAUAGCGCUUGCCCACAAGAAAUUAGGAUCUAGACUAACUUGGCAUAAAGUGCAGAAUGUCAGCAGGGAUGCCAUUGAGAGCAACAUGGAGUUCAUGGGCCUUAUUAUUAUGCAAAAUAAACUAAAGCCUGAUUCAUCUAGAGUCCUUGAAGAACUCAGAAAAGCUAAUAUUCGUACAGUUAUGGUUACAGGGGAUAAUAUGUUAACAGCUGUUUCUGUAGCCAGAAACUCUGGGAUGAUUUUGCCUCAGGAUAAAGUGAUUAUUGCAGAAGCACUACCUCCAAAAGAUGGGCAAACUGCAAAAAUACAUUGGCUGUAUGCAGAUAAUGCUUCAAGACAUCUUGAUACAUCUGAUACAGCUUCAGAGUUCAUAGAUAUUAAAAUGGAAAACAAGGGUUCAGGGGAUGGCCUUCAUCAGAUGAACCAUUACCAUUUUGCUAUGGAUGGCAAAUCUUUCUCUGUUGUAACUGAGCAUUUUCAGGAUCUACUUUCAAAAUUAGUACUACAUGGCACAGUAUUUGCUCGCAUGGCUCCUGAUCAAAAAACACAACUGGUAGAAGCAUUUCAAAAUAUAGACUAUUACGUGGGAAUGUGUGGAGAUGGCGCCAAUGACUGUGGUGCCCUAAAACAAGCACACAGUGGAAUCUCAUUGUCUGAACUGGAGGCUUCUGCAGCAUCUCCAUUCACAUCAAAGUUUUCAGAUAUUGCAUGUGUACCAAAUCUCAUCAGGGAAGGACGUGCAGCUUUGAUGACAUCAUUCUGCGUGUUUAAGUUUAUGGCCUUGUACAGUAUAAUUCAAUAUCUGAGCGUAACCUUACUAUAUUCUGAGCUCAGUAACUUUGGAGAUUUGCAGUUCCUUUUCAUCGACUUGGCUAUCAUUCUGGUUAUUGUGUUUACUAUGAGUUUGAAUGCUGCAUGGAAAGAGCUGGUUCCACAAAAGCUGCCAUCUGGACUUAUCUCGCCUUCAAUGUUAUUUUCGGUAAUGUCUCAAAUUCUUAUCAGUGCUGUGUUCCAGAUAACUUCAUUUCUUCUGGUGAAGCAGCAAACCUGGUAUGAAGUCUGGACACCAAAUUCAGAUGCCUGUAGUUCAUCAAAACUGAAUGUCACGCUAGAGCACAAUAAUACAAGUUCCCAAGAUGAAAAGAAUAUUAAGAACUAUGAAAAUACUACUGUGUUUUUCAUUUCCUGUUUCCAGUACCUCAUUGUGGCCAUUGUGUACUCUAAAGGAAAACCAUUUCGACAACCUACCUACGAAAACUAUCCUUUUAUGGUCACAGUGCUGGUUCUUCAUAUCUUUAUAUUUCUUAUAAUGCUGUAUCCAGUUGAAGUGAUUGAUGAGGCUCUUGAGCUGGUUUGUGUUCCUUAUAAUUGGCGAAUUACAAUGCUCAUUAUAAUAAUAAUAAAUGCAGUUGCGUCAUUUGUAACUGAGAUUUUCCUACUUGACCUGACCCCAUGGAAGCUUCUGUCCAAGAGAAAGGAACUGGGAGUUAGUCAUAACCCAGCCAAUAACCAUCAGGAGGUCCUCAAUCAAAAAAGCAAGAGCUGCUUAUCAUCUUUCUUUAGCUGUGGUUACCGAAAGCCAAAGGCCAAGUACAUGUACCUAGCCCAGGAGCUGUCAGUGGAUCCCGAUUGGCCUCCAAAGCCCAAAACGACCACAGAAGCAAAUAAAAACCAUACUGAAAAUGGUGCAUGCCAAAUCAUUACAAUAAUGUAACAGAAAAUACUUUCAAUCAGCGGUGCUGCAUAUUAGCAUCAUGGUGUGAUAUUUUUAAAAAUGGAAAAAGGACAAGUUGAAAUGUCAAGAUUAUAGAACCUGUGAGAAUUUGUUGUUUGGGAAUUAAUUUUUGAGGGGUUGGAGGGAGAAGAGGAUCUUGCAGAUAAUACUACAGUGUAUUUUUCAGAAAUCAUCUUCUUAGUUAGAUUCUAAGGGUUAAGGAUGACUUGCUUCUGUCUCAGUUUUGUGUGUACUGAUGUGACUGACAGAUGGGCAUGCUCUCCACAUAAAGCUAUGGGACAAUUCGUGGCUGGAGAAUGCCAGUAGAGGCAGGGCAGGGUUCAUGUCCUUUAACCAGCAUAACAGAGCACAGCUAGAGUAGAUGUCCAGAAGUAGGAGAGAGGGAGAAACAAAGGACCGCAAAUGCUGGAAUCUAGAUGAAAAACACAAUAACGCUAGAGGAACUCAAUAGGCCAGU